CUGUUUUUAUUGGCCUUAUGCCUAUUGUAUAAUAGAUUACUUGUUUCACUGGUACACUAUUCUCCUCUCUUGCCACCCUUAUUAUUAUCAUACUCCACAUUCGUGGGCAUCCAACCUUAAUAUCAUACACUUCAAUCAGUGUCCACUCUUAUUACAUUCACCACAACUGUCAGCACCUACCAACGCUAGAUUAACCAUUAAGCAAAAUAAGCAGGUGCUUAGGACAUCAAGGGUGUGGGGAACAGAAAUGAUAAAUGGUUUACAGUACAACAGAAAUCACUUUAAGUUUGCUAAAAUGAUAUUCGGGUUGCCUUAUCUUUACUAAAUUAGAAGCUGAUGUGUUACGUAAGAUUAAUUUUAAGGGUCUGAUUAAUGACUUUGCGAUUUAAAAAAAUAAGUCGUUUAUAUUUUGAAUUACAUAGAUAUGAGGGCACCACAAUCUUUUAAAUGCUUCGGUCCAGGCACCUACCCUUAUCACCAUACAGUACUACUGCCAACACCACCCUUAUUACUGUCAGAACCCAACAUUUAUUAUUAAUACCAUUCACCACUGUUGUACUGAUGUUAGCAUCCUUGUCAACAUACUCCAAAACUGUUAGUGCCCAGUCUUAUUAUAACCAUACACCAUUGUCAGCACUUACCUGUGUCGUUACCAUGCCUCUGAUAUUACGCAGGUGUUUUGUGCAGGAAUCUGUACAUUUUAUUUCCCUAAACUUUCUACAUGGUUAGGAAAAUGAAAAGAAGUCAGGAAAUUUGCUGAAGGCCUUUCGGUGUGUGUGUGUGUGUGUGUGAUUAAGGAAAUUUAAUUGGUUGAGGCAGGUGGACUGUCAACAUCGCUUUGUGUCUGUGUCAAGUGGUUGACAGUUGCGCUGGUGAUGGCUGGACAAACAGUUGUAUUUUUUUUUUCACUACCAGCACCCACUGACGUAUAUAUAGUAAAUACAACAGCAACAAAACUGACUUACAUUAAACAUCACACCUUAGAAUUUUUGUUGACAUUCUAGCGAUUCCAGUAUGUUGUUUGUAUGUGGUUCCUAUCUGGACAACUUUACUACGUUCUUUGGAUCUACUUGUGGUGUGCGGAAGCAUCAACUUGUUCAUAGAAAAAAUUCACGGAAUGUUAAGAGCUGGAUUACAUCCUUAUCAAUGUCCUCAUAACUAAGUAGUAGGUGUGUAACUUGUUUGUCAACCAAGUAGCCUGAGGCAUUUCCAGGAAACAUUACAGAAACCCCAGAAAACUGAAUUCCUGGCUAUGAAAAAGAUGCCAAGAUGAAAAUGAAGAAUGUCGUAGGGUAUAUUGGAGCUGCAUCAAAUCAACUUAGCAAUUGUACCAACUGUGGUAGACAUAGAAACAGCAUUGAACUUAUCAACAGUAUUAGUUAUACUAAUUGCCGUAGAUGUACUAGUUUUAACAAAUCUACUAAUGGAUGAGAGUGAGCAGCCGAUUCCUGACCAAGUGACUGUUAUAGUUCACAAUGCAAAAGGAUUACAAGGGAAGAAACCAGGACGCCAUAAAUUUUCAGUGAUAUUUGGAUUUGGAAACAAGAAAUAUCGGACAUCAGUUGUGAAAGAUCCUAGGGGUAAUCCUGUUUGGAAUGAAGAAUCAGUUCUUUCCAUCAAUAAUUCCUCGGAUGCUUUAUUCUUCAAUGUCACAGAAAAAGAUGAUAUUUUGGGUCAAAUAUUGGUUCCUACAGGCUCUCUUCGUGGGGCCAAGGGAAGAGUUAUUUGUACAGCCUUGCAGCCUCACAAGAAGAAUUCCAAACCAAAAGGAAGUUUAAUAUACCAGUGUUAUGUUUCUAAAUAUCGAGAUGGAGAAGUUGAUGAGAAAUCUAAGCCAAGAAGAAAUAGUUGGCUUACAACUAAUCCCUUUUUGACUUUUAAACGAUCACCUGGUUUCUCUGGUAAUUUCUUUAAGAAAGAACAAAAGUCAACUAGUCACCUUUCAAAUCUGAAUAAAAGAAUCUCUCGAUCUUUUCAUGAUAUUUUUAGUUUAUCGAAGGCUGACAACUCAGAUGAUGAAGAAUCAGAGGGUGCACCAUCAAAAUUAAAAACCCGAAGUACUUUUAAUUUGAGUUGUGCUGGGGUUGAACCAGAAAUAUCCUACAUAACUCCAAAUACUGGUUCAGCUGCUGGUGGCACACGUAUUACUAUUGUAGGUGAAAACCUUGGUUUAAAGAAAUCUGAUAUUGUUACCUUACGUAUUUGCGAUGUUGAUAUUCUUUCUACAUUAGAAUAUGAAUCUUCAGGUCAGAUAUACUGUGAGACAUUGCCAGGUCCUACUGGCCAAGGUGAUGUUGUCAUUGAGACUUCAUUCGGUGGUAAAACUGUUUUGACUGGAGGCUUCACUUUAGUUGCUGCUCGGAAUAAAAAACCUGCACCGAAACCUCCAGAAUCCACACCACCUUCAAAUUUAAACAAAGCCCUCUCUCAUAGUACUUUAGCCUUAGUCACACCACCAACCCAAAUAACAAUUUCUACACCAAAUUCUCCUAAAACACUACAUGGUCAGAAUGAUUCUCUUAACCCUUUUGAAAGCUCAUCGACGCCAAAUUCCCCCAAAGCAUCAACUGAAUCUCGCAAAUCAUCAGAUAGUCAACUGCAAACUCUAAGCUCUAAUAAAAGAUUAAUCCCACCUGAUCCUGCUUCUGUUAAUAAAUUUUCUUCACUUGAUCGGAGAAAGUUUCCUGCUCAAAAUACCCCAAGGAAAAAUUCCAAAGAUCUUGGAGAAAAUCAUGGCAAAGGGAAAAAAGACACUUUUUUGAAUAUCAAAGAAAAUUCUAAAACAAAGCAUGGUGAAAACAUUGAAGGACGUUUUAGGAAAAACUUUUUCAAACACAUGCGUACUGCAAGUGAUGUCCCUCGUGUAACAGUGAAUGAUAUUACUCUUCAGAACAGUAACGAUAGUGUCAGUCUCCAGAAUGGUAAUGAUGGUGCAGCUCUACAGAAUGGCAUUUCAGAGGUCACAAACAACAAAGAGGACUGGAGUGAAGAUGCUAAGUUUGCUGAACUGGAACGCUUGCAAAAGGAAAACAAAGCUCUUCGCCAAGAGAAUGCUGACAUGAAGGCCUACAUUGAGAAACUGCUUGCCAAAGUUCUGCACCAUUGCCCUGAAGCUUUAGCAGCUGAUAAUGAAUUAACUCUGUCACAGUGUUAGUUGGCCUAUUAUAAGGACCACCUGUAUAAUAUUAUGACAUGUGUGUUCACUGACAGCUCAUAAAGACGUCAUCUAUUUUCUGAGUUGCCCACUGAAGAUAAUCAGAUCUCCCUCCACUACACAAAGGACUUCAUUAUAUGACUUUGGAUAUCUCCCCCUCUCACUGAGUUCAUUAGUUGAUGAUAAUGGAGUCACUCUGUUGGUUUUUAUUCUUCUAUUUUUAACUUAACUGAAAAAAAAUGGAAUCUCCAAUGUAUUAAACUCAAAAGUCAGAAUUGUCAUUUUGAUAAAAUAUUUUUACAUUCUUUAUUACAAAACAAUUUUAUAAAAUCUCUAUUUUUAAUUAAUUGUAAAUUUUUAAUUAAUCAUAAGUUUUUAACUAAUUCCAAUUAAUCUAUUUUUAUUUAGAUAUUACUGUUUUCUGUUGAAGUAUCUCUACAUUAUUAACACAAAUAUUUUUACUAAUGCUUAAAGCAAAUACACAAUGAAUUAAUGAGAAAAAGUGUCCAUUUAUUGUAUUUUUAUCAGACACACAUGCACUAAUAUUGAUGUCAUUAUUUAGUUUAAUAUUUUAAAUAUCCAUUCUAAUUGUCAUAAUUUAAUUUUAUUGACAUUAAUUUUUGUAAAUUUUGAAACUAAUUUCAAUGAAUAUAAUUUCUUUUUUUUUUUAUCAAAUUCAUGCCAGCAUGUUUAGAAUAAUCAAAAUUAACCGAAUAGUUACAAAUAAUCUUCACUGAUCUCUGUAAUUAACUAAACUCUACACAUCCCCACACUCCUUAGUGGUCACUACUCUGUAAUUGUUCUCCAGAACAGUGAAUCAUCCAACACAAUGGAAUAUUUCUGAUGGAUGUGUCUAUAAAACUGUUGAUUUUGUAGGAAACUUCCACUCACAAUUCUCUACUUCAAGUCAUCCUAAAAUAUUUUAGGUAAAGGCCUCAAGAUCUCAUGCGGUAGGCCGCUGUUGUAAGGUGUGGUUUCAAAUGUUUCCAAGUGGUGUGUUGUCAUUCUUUUCUGUAAUUUAACAACUUAGAAUAUAUUUUGUGUUCCUAUAUGAAUUGUCAAUAUCUGGAAGCUAUCUCUGUGUAAAAUAUUGCAUAUUACAACUAUAUAUAUAUAUAUAAUGUACAAGCAGUGUUUGGGUUGUGAAUGACUCACAUACAACCAUCCAUUCUUAUGGACUAACUUCCAUAAAAUCUAUUAUAUUAAAAAUUUAAGUUACAUACCAUCAUUGGUAAUAAUGACUUAGGCUCAUUAAAACUGCUUUGAGUGGUUUCAUUGUCUCCCCAUCAUUCUCAAUUAUAAAUAGUUUUAUUGUUAAUUUGUACUUUCAUUGCACUACUGAGUGCAGUUUCAUGCGCCUAGGACGCCUUCAACAAUAUCUGGUCCAUUAGCCUUGAUCUCUCUGCCCAAGUAUAUUGGCAUAUCUCAGGACAUGGUUGCUUUGCUAUUCUUGGGAAUUGUAGGUAUAUAUCUACAUCUCUUCUGUUAGCAUUUCAUAGUACUGACAUAACGUCCAGUGUAUGUAAGGCCCAACUCUCAUGUCUAUGGACAAGUCUUUCUUGGUUAAGACGUAAUGACCAGAAACGAUGUUGUUAAUCAGUUUUUCUCCAUCUCCUCACACCUGGCAUUUACUAUAUUCUGCUUCAGUUUGGAGCUCUUUAUAUCAACAUAAAAUAUAAGCUGAACUGGGUCAGUGACAGUAGAGUGAUUUUCACUAGAACACUAUUACUGCAGGUGCUGGCAGCUGAACAGACAAUUAUUGAGUUGUUGAUUCAGAUUAAUAGUUAUUGAUGAUAAUGAUAGUGAUGAUGAUGAUGAUAGUAAUGAUGAUGAUGAUAGUAAUGAUGAUGGUGAUUAUGAUGUUAGUUGGUGAUGUUGAUGUCAGCUGAUGUUAGAGAAAUGUAUAAAACAAAGAGACAAAGUGAUGAAAGUUGAAUUAAGAAACUGAUUGACCAUUUAUUUAUUGCUGUUUGAUAAUCUACUUCUGAGACAUUUAUAUCUUAGGAAUUGACUUGUCAGAGCACCAUGCUACAUCAUACACUCCUAAAUCCAUUGCUUACAACAUCAAUACCGAGUUUCUCACUGAACGAAGUGCCUCUCUCCCUGUGUGUGCGUGUGUGUAUGCAUGCAAGUAUGUAUGCAUGAUGUUUUCUACAUUACUGCAGUUUUUUCUAAUAGCUUAUGGUUUAUCCAUAGAGCUAAUAUUAUGAUGUGAGCUGGUUAUGUUAUGAUAGAAAGACAAAAUGGGACACAUAAGGCUAUUGCUCCAGUAUGGUUGUAGCCGUAAUGACUAAAACACCACAAAACUAGUAUAAAACUGUACUUCCGUGAAUGCAAGCUUGAAAAUCUUCUGAUAAUCUCUGUUUUGUUUCUCUUGAUAUUUUGAACUUUGUCUUAUCUUUUCAAUCUUAAAGCUACACUGGACAGUCUUCUACCACUCUUCACCAUCAAACUAAAAAGCAAGCAUCUGUUUUGUAAUUUUAUGAAUUGUCUGUGUAAAAUACACACAUUUGUACAGAAGAAAGGUGCCAUGUACAAACACAUUAUUUAAUGUCAUGUCACUGAUAUACACGAUUGUGGUGUGAAAUGUGUAGCUCCUCUCUGCGUAGUCAAUGGGUAGUUAAGAACAUCAAAUAUUUCUUGUCUUGGCACAAAAACAAUUCUUCAGAUAACAAGAGAACCAUUAAAUGACUUUAUUCCUCCUUUUAUGAGUGUUUUCGAUGUCAAAUAAAGAAAAGAUUAAAAGUAAGAGAAAAAUGAAAAAAUAAAAGAACAUUGAAUUUCUGGCAGUGGUUAAGAACUAAAGUUUGGUACACCCACAUCUUGGAAACGGUUUUGGUUUGAAAUUUUAUUUCGUUUUUCAUAGUAAAAUACUAAAAGCCCCUGUAAAAUAAUAAAACAACCUGUAAUAUA